AUGCGCUCGUCAACAUGUUCGUUUUCUCCGUGCUCAGUGAAACUUAUACGGAAUUGUAUUCCAUCAUUACAUCUGUCUUCGACUACAUCACUUCAACCGACAAUUGCUGCACCGAAAAAAUGGCCAUCAGAGCUGAUUGAAGCAGUUUGUAUUGAAGCAUUUGGUCUUACAGCUCAAGUAGAACCUCAAGGAAAAUGGGUGACAACAAAUCAUGUGAAGUCGAAAUAA